CGCCAUAUGUCACAAAAAUUUUGUUACUUUCCGAAACCAUGUUCAAGUGCAGUAUUUCAGUUAUUUAGAAUCCCUUUCCUAAAGACAAUGGCCUCGCCACCUAGGCUUCCUCCAUUAUCACUCCCAGAAGUUCUCAGUCCACAAAAUGACUCGAGUGUCUUGAGCUCUGCACAAUCCACGCCCAAUUCCCAGGAGAACUAUGCUUCACCUGCCUAUCUUAAUCAAGUUCUAAACAGUCCAGAAGGAAUCAAUUGCUUUGGGAAUGAGAGAUUGUUGCUUCAAGAACAGGCAAGUUUCUGUAACAAUGAGAAACUGAGCGAUAUCACUUUGGUUGUUGGCGGACGGAAGUUUUGUGCUCACAAAAUAAUUCUAAUACGGGCAAGUGAUGUUUUUGAGAGAAUGUUGACUGGUGAUUGGACAGAGACUGAUAAAAAG